AUGUCUAUCGUGCCUUCAAGUUCUGAUACUCCUCUCAUUCCUUCGAUCUCGUCCACAGAAAAUUUUGACGGCUUGGAUUUGCUUGAACAUCAUUUCGAACCCGCAUUUGACCAACUAGGUAGUAAUCGGCUACAGAACAUACUCGAAAUGGAUUUGCCUCGACCGAAGGCGCUUCUCUCACAUCAUGGGUACGACACUGGACAGGACGCCAUAGCAGGUGGGGCUGUCGCAGUCGUUGUGGUGGUGUGUAUCGGAUUCCUACUGGUUCUUCUUGUGGUCGGAGUGUUAAAAAUGAAGGACACUCCGUUGCCACGCAAAAGAAGAAACAAGCAACAGGAUGACGGCAUGUCAUGGGACGACUCUGGAAUGAAUAUCACGGUGAAUCCAUUAGAUGAUGUGGGAAAGAAUGGCAUUGAAAAGGAGUUCAGUGAAGACGAUGAGAGCAGCGACGGGGAGGAAAGUGACGGUUCGUUUCGAGAAGAUGAGUUGUCGGACGGGGAGAUCGCUCCGGAAGUGCUGCCUCACCUGGACAACCAACGUGGUGGUCUGGAGUGGGAUGACGAUGCUGUCAUGACCACUUCCGCCACCAAUACCCGCUCUUAUCGUCUUUAA